AUGAGCAUUCAAAGAAUUAUGCUUCUGCUUCUGCAACUGAUCACCCUCAUAGAAGUGCUUUUAGCAGCCGCAGCUUCAGCUCAAACAACAGCAGCAACAUUAAGCCCUCCUUCUUCUGAUCAAGUAGAAGUCAAGCCUGGCUGCCAAGACAAGUGUGGAGAUGUGAGCAUCCCAUAUCCAUUUGGCACAACCCAGGAUUGUUACUACAACCAGGAUUUCCUCAUCACUUGCAAUGACACAUAUAACCCUCCAAAGCCUUUUCUUAGAAAAAGUGACUCAAUUGAGGUCACAAACAUAUCUGUGGAUGGGAAGCUGUAUAUUAAGCAAUACAUAGCCAUACAAUGUUUCAACAAGUCAGGCACGCCAUUGGGUGGCUUACAAAAUUCUCUCUCCCUCUCCCGAUUCUUCAUAUCAGACACCGAUAACAAGUUCGUGGCGGUCGGGUGUGACACCUCUGCAAAUAUCAUAGGUUACAAAGGGAGAGCCUACGGGUACACCGGUGGGUGCACCACAACAUGUGGCAGCAUUGACUUUGUUGCCAACUAUUCAUGCUCUGGUAUAGGCUGUUGCCAAACAUCCAUUGCUAAAGGGAUGACCUUUUUUAAAGUAAGUGUAACUAGUUCCAACAACCAUAAGAAUGUGUGGGAUUUCAGCCCCUGCAGCUAUGCCUUCGUAGUCGAAGCGGGAAAGUUCAACUUCUCCUCCAACAUGCUCAAGGAUUUGGAAGAUGUGAGAUUGCUCCCAGUGGUACUAGAUUGGUCAAUUGGAAAUGAAGCAUGUGAAGUUGUUGAAAAUAAAAAGUUGAUGAACUACACAUGUCAAAAGAACAGUAGGUGUGAUGAUGUUGACAAUGGUGUCGGGUAUCGCUGCAAGUGCAAGGACGGCUACCAUGGGAAUCCAUACCUCAAUGGCUGCCGUGACAUUAAUGAAUGCGAUGAUGCAAACCUCCAUGACUGCAGACAAAAUUGUAUAAAUACAGAUGGAGGCUAUAAAUGUUCUUGCCGGAAGGGGUACCAUGGUGAUGGUAGAACAAACGGAGAAGGUUGCUCCCCUAAUCGAACAUUAGUUGUUCAGAUUACUGUUGGAAUCGGGGUCAGCCUCUUAGCCUUGCUAAUGGGAAGCUUAUGGUUUUACUUGGGAUACAAAAGAUGGAAGCUGAUGAAGCUGAAGGAGAAGUUCUUCCGGAAAAAUGGAGGACUUAUGCUACAACAGCAACUUUCAGAACGACAAGGAUCCACUCACGAAACGGCGAAAAUCUUCACUGCAGAAGAACUUGAGAAGGCCACCAACAAUUAUAGUGAGACUAGAAUCAUUGGCAAGGGUGGUUUUGGUACAGUGUACAAGGGAAUUUUGGUAGACGGCCGGGUGGUUGCAAUCAAGAAGUCAAAAAUGGUGGAUCAAAGCCAAAUAGACCAAUUCAUUAAUGAAGUGUUGGUGCUUUCCCAAAUCAACCAUAGAAAUGUGGUCAAGCUUUUAGGUUGUUGUUUUGAAACAGAAGUUCCACUACUAGUUUAUGAGUUUGUCACCAAGGGAACCCUCUUUGACUACAUCCAUAACACAAGCAAGGCAACGAAAUCAAACAAUUCUUGGGAAAUCCAUCUAAGGAUAGCUGCAGAAACUGCUGGAGUGCUAUCCUACUUGCACUCUGCAGCCUCUGUUCUAUCAUUCACAGAGAUAUUGGUUCCUAUAGACCAAGCUGAGUUAUCUACGAUGGUGCAAGGAACUCUGGGGUAUUUAGACCCCGAAUACUUGCAGACAAGCCAAUUGACAGAGAAAAGUGAUGUUUACAGUUUCGGGGUUGUCCUGCUUAAGGAGGUUUCAAACCUUGCGAAGAGGUGUUUGAGAGUGAAAGGAGAAGAAAGGCCAACAAUGAAGGAAGUGGCUAUGGAACUAGAAGGACUGAGAAGGAUGGUAAUGCAUCCAUGGGUUAGUAAUGAAGCCAAUUCAGAAGAGACUGAGUCCCUUCUUGGUGGAAUAUCCAUGGAAACUAUUAGUUGUGGAGGCGGUGGCAAUUCAAGUUCUGGGUAUGAUACCAUGAGGAACCACAUUAUGCUACCAGUAAAUGAUGGGAGAUGA